UGUACAUCUAAAUUGCAAUUUUCCUAUCCUAAUCACGUUAUUGCAAGUUCCCUAAUCAAGCGGCUUAGCCGUUGAGAAGCCGCCUCUUUUUUUCCUUUCUUCUUUCCCACUAUCACAUCUCAGCAUGGUUGUCUGUGAGUGACAACCUGACUUCCCACAAUCAUUUUAUGAAUUUGAUCAACCCAAAUCUUCACAGUAUCGAUUUUAAUUUUCCUAAUUUAUAAUUCAACACGUAAAUCUACAACACUUAAAAUCCACUAAAAACCCCACCAACCUGUAAAGUUCCCGAUUCUUCACACUCCCUUCUCUCUCUCUCUCUCUCUGUCUGUCUCUCUUUCUCUCUCCUCUUUGGAAGUUGGGAGCUGUAUUUUUGUCACCGUUUUUAUUCUCAGCUACUUUUCGACAAAAUCCGCCGAAUACCCACUUCAAGUUAGUGAUUAAAUCCCGAAAUAUCGGCCGCCGGCGUUAUAAUAUAUCGCCGGGAAUUUUUCCGGCAAUGGGAAGUUCUAAUCAUAUUAGUGUUGUUGUGAUUACUUUAGCUGUUCUACUUCAACUCUCUGUAUUUGCUUCUGCCCAGAAAUGGCUCACACUUGAUGGCUCAGCACCACUGGUUAUAGCACGCAAUGGAUUCUCAGGGUUGUUCCCUCCUGCUAGUUCUUAUGCAUACAAUUUGGCAAUGAUGACUAGUGUGCCCGAUUUGGUCUUAUGGUGUGAUGUUCAGCUAACAAAGGAUGGAGCUGGUAUAUGCUUCCGAGAUAUCAGGCUGGACAAUUCCUCUUCCAUUUCUGUAGCGUAUCCAAAGAGAGGGAAUUCAUAUACUCUUAAUGGUGUUGCCACACAAGGGUAUUUUCCCGUUGAUUUUACUCUCAAGGAACUAUCACCAGUCACUUUAAAUCAAGGAAUUUACACUCGGAGCCCUGAUUUUGAUGGUAGUAUGUUCGAAAUUCAGACUGUAGAGGAUGUGUUUAUGCAAAACAAACCUGCAGGUUUCUGGUUAAAUAUUCAGAAUGAUGCUUUCUACAGCCAGCACAAACUGAGCAUGAGGAGCUUUGUUAUUGGUGCUUCCAAGAGAGUGAUAAUUAGUCAUAUUUCAUCUUCUGAGAUCAGCUUUUUGCGAGGACUUGCUAGGCCAUUUGCAUCUACCAAAACAAAAUUGGUUUUCCAGUUUCUUGACAUGGAUGCAACAGAACCUUCGACCAACCAGACUUAUGGUUCUCUUUUGAAGAAUCUUACUAUGAUUAAGGCAUUUGCUGCGGGAAUCCUUGUCCCAAAGGCUUACAUAUGGCCUGUUGAUGCAAAUUCAUAUCUGAAACCUCAUACUCCUCUGGUGGCAGAUGCUCAUAAAGUUGGGCUUGAAGUUUUUGCUACAGAUUUUGCCAAUGAUGCUACUUUUGCAUACAACUAUAGUUACAACCCAGUUGAAGAGUAUCUUUCUUUCAUCGACAAUGGGGACUUCUCUGUGGAUGGUUUGCUAUCUGACUUCCCGAUAACACCAUCAGAAGCCAGAGAUUGUUUUGCCCAUCUAGGCACAAAUACAUCAGUACAAGCCAAGCCCUUGGUUAUAUCGCAUCAUGGGGCGAGUGGAAACUUCCCUGGUUGUACUGAUGUAGCAUACGAACAAGCUAUUAAAGAUGGAGCAGACGUGAUUGAUUGCACGGUUCAAAUGUCGAAGGACGGGAUACCUUUCUGUACGAGUACUGUUAAUCUCAUGAAUAGCACGUUGGUCGGUCAAACACAAUUCAGGAGUCAAAUAGCAACGGUUAAAGAUUUCGGGCCAGCUCCUGGAAUAUAUUCGUUCAGUCUGAAUUGGGCUGAUAUUCAAGGCUUGACUCCUGUGUUAUCGAACCCGUACACUGAUUAUUUCCUGUACAGAGAUCCUAAUAACAAACAUGCUGGGAAAAUUGUAUCCUUGGAGGACUUCUUGAACAUUGCCAAAAAUGCUACAUCACUAUAUGGUGUGUUGAUCAGGAUUGAGAAUGCAAAUUACCUUGCUCUAAACGCGGGCCUCAGUAUAACUGAUGCGGUUACUGAUGCCUUGGCAAAAGCUGGGUACAAUGGCACGACAGCCAAAAAGGUUAUGAUUCAGUCCACCAAUAGCUCGGUCCUGAAGGCGAUGAAGGGGAAGAAAUAUGAACUUGUUUACGAAGUGGAUGAGUCUAUUAGAGGAGCUCCAAGAGAUGCCAUCACCUUAAUGAAGACAUUUGCUGAUUCUGUAGUUGUCAACAAGCAGUCCAUCUUGCCAACAAGUGGGGGAUUCCUCACUGCUGCAACUGAUGUUGUAAAGCAGUUAAAGUCAGUGAAGCUUCCCGUGUAUGUUCAAAUUCUCAGAAAUGAAUUUGUCAGCCAAGCAUACGACUUUUUCUCUGACCCAAUUGUCGAGAUCAAUUCAUAUGUUGUUGAAGGUGGAGUUGACGGCAUCGUUACAGACUUUCCAAAAACUGCAUCUGACUACAAGAAAAAUCUGUGUUUAAAGAUGAAAAACACACCGGCAUACAUGAGCCCCGUUCAGGCUGGUCAACUGACGCAACUGAUAACCCCGGGUUUCCUGCCUCCGGCUGAGGCUCCUAAUCCACUCCUGAAUGUUGCUGAUCUGCAAGAGUCACCUCUGCCGGCUCCUGUGGAGAAUACCUCGGCUCCAGCAACAGCAGAAACCCCGAGAACAUCACGAAACAGCCAGCAUCAGAUUUCAGCUUCGGUAAUAUUAUCUUUCUUGGCUAUCAUUGUAGCUGCUGCACUGCUGUUUUGAUAGGAGUUCAUAUACAAGGCACUGACUUGAUUGUUUAAGGAGUUUGGUGCUGCAGAUCGAUGUUCAUCAUAAUCCAAGUUUUUCCUCGUAGCUAAAUAAUGUGAUUUUGUUUCUAUCCUUACGGAAGCGUUUAGGUUAUGUCCAUUCUUAAUCAUUUCUAGGAGUUGCAAAAUGAAGUACAUACCAUCUCAGAUACUCAAAAAUUCACUCACUCCUUGUAUCUUCCUAUUUUCAUUUGUAUUGCUGUAAGUCUAGUCUGUAAGAUAAAUUAAGUGAUACUGUAGUUAUUCUUUGAGUAUGAUUCUCUCUAUUGAUUCUCUCUUUCA